AUUUGUUUUGGGAAUCAUGGCUGAAAAUUCAUGGACGACAGAGGAGAACGAGAUGUUCAAGGAUGCACUGGUGAUGUUCACUGCCUUUUUGCUUACUCGGUUUGAGAGUGUCGCCGAGUAUGUGGAUAGAUCGGUGGAUGAUGUUAAGGAGCAUUACAAGGAAUUGGUCAAUGAUCUUUUAGAGAUGGGAUCCAGUCGAGUAGCUUUUCCUAAUGAAUUGACUAAGGAUAUGGCUCAAAGUUCGUACCAGGCCGAGAGAACUAUAUGGACCAAAGAAACACAUGAAUGGUUUCUGAUUGGGUUAGACCGAUUUGGGAAAGAUUGGCGUAAAAUAGCCGUCUUAUUGGAUUGCAAGAGCCCGAUCCAAGUCGAGAUAUAUGCAGAAAACUUUUACCAGUGGCAAAGCUCAAAGAAAAAUGUGAUUAACGACUUAAAUGUGGCAAGCACCGAUGUGAAUGUGAUGAAACGGCAGGGAGCAAAUAACACCAAUGUGGACUCAACAGGCCAACAAGAGAGUCUCGUCGCUCUGGAAAUCGGUCACCAUGCUAAGGCCCCCAACUCAAAGUGAUAUAAAUCUCUAUGACUGUAUUAACAACCAAAAAAUAAAAAGCCUAAAGAUAUUGAAGGCCCUUGAUUAUUUUUUUUGUGUGGUAUGUUAAAGAUUUGGGAUUUCCAUUUUUUUGGCAAA